CGGGGGCCGAAGGUCGCAUUUGUCCCCACGAUGGAACCCUUCACCGCCUCCAUCCUCGUCCUCCUGGGGCUCCUCGGCCUCGGCCUCCUCCUCCGGGGACAGAGGGGACCGAGGGGACAGAGGGGACAACUGCCGCCGGGGCCGAGGCCGCUGCCGCUCGUGGGGAACCUCCUGCACAUCUCUCCAUGGCGGACGCUGCGGGCGCUGCUCCAGUUGAGUCGCACCUACGGCCCCGUCUUCACCAUCUACUUGGGGACACGGCCAGUGGUGGUCCUCUGCGGCCACGAUGUCCUCCGUGAAGCUCUGGUGGACAACGCUGAGGCCUUUGCCGGGCGCGGACGAAUGCCGACGGUGGAGAGUACCUUCCACGGCCACGGAGUGGUCUUUGCCAACGGCUCUCGAUGGCGAACGCUGCGGCGCUUUUCGCUGACGGUUCUGAGGGAUUUCGGAAUGGGGCGAAAAUCCCUCGAAGAGCGAAUCCGGGAGGAGGCGCAGUUCCUCCUGCGGGAGCUGCGGAGCACUCACCAAAAGCCCUUCGAUCCCACUUUCUUCUUAAGCUGCGCCGUUUCCAACGUCAUUUGCUCCAUUGUCUUCGGGAAUCGCUUCGAUUAUCGCGACAAAGAGUUCCUCGAACUGCUGCGACUCAUGAACGAGAGCUUCACCGAGAUCAGCACCGCCUCCGCGCAGCUCUACGAUAUGGCGGAGCCGCUCCUCCGCUUCGCUCCCGGCCGUCACCGCCGCAUUCCGCUCCUCCUCCGCCGCCUCCGCGCCUUCAUCGCCCGACGCGUCGAUCGCAACAGUCGCGACAUCGACCGCCAGAGCCCGCGGGACUUCAUCGACUCCUUCCUCAUCCAAAUGGAGGCGGAGAAGUCGGACCCCAACUCGGAGUUCAAUCGGGAGAAUUUGGAACUCACCACUCUCAAUUUGUUCUUCGCCGGUACCGAAACCGUCAGUUCGACGUUACGCUUUGGGUUCCUUCUUCUCAUGAGACAUCCGGACGUCCUCGCGAAGGUGGUGUCGGAGAUCGACGAGGUGCUGGGCCGGGAUCGCAUUCCGAGCGCGGCGGAUCGGCGGCAAAUGCCGUACACGGAUGCGGUUCUCCACGAGAUCCAGCGCUGCAGUGACCUCCUGCCCUUGAACGUCCCCCAUCGCGUCACGCGCGACAUCGUCUUCCGCGGCUUCUUCAUCCCCAAAGACACGGACGUGUACCCCCUCCUCAGUCCGUCCCUUCACGAUCCCUCUCACUUCAAGAACCCCCAAAAUUUCGACCCCCAAAACUUUUUGGACGAAAGCGGCAAUUUCCGACGCAACGAGGCCUUCGUCCCCUUCUCCGCCGGGAAGCGCGUGUGCCUCGGGGAGUCUUUGGCCAAACUCGAGCUCUUCAUCUUCCUGACGUCGAUCCUUCAGCAUUUGGAGCUGCAGCCGCUUUGUCCCCCCUCGGAGCUGCCCACGACCCCCCAAGAGAGCGGCUUCGGGAACAUCCCCCCCCAAUACCAACUCAUCGUCCGACCGCGCUGAGAUACCCCCCCAAAAAGAGAGAGAAC